AUUCAAGAACAAAAAGCAAUGCUAUUUACUAAUACACACAAGGUUUGUUCCUUUUAAAGCUGGGAGUGGGCUUUUGGGUUGCAAAAUUAAACUUCAGACUUGCUGCAAAGUCAGGCUGAUGUUUCUCUAGUUGCAGAGGUUUACUGGUCACUGUUGUAGGCAUGGCGAUAAGGCGAGGCUGCAUGCAAUUAUGACAUUCUUGUGUCCUGUGUGAUGUCACAAGCAGGAUACGCCUUAAGUCUUGGCAAAGAGAGAGGCAGUUAGCAGUCAGACCAGGGCUUCGUGCUGUCAAGUUGAAUCAUGGCGACAAGGUCUAUAUUAACUUUUACCAGAGGACAAAUGUCUCGGAAUGGUUUGUAGUCAUUUUCCAUGCUAUGUUCUGCUGCUGUGGCUGCUGUGGUUUUGUAAUUGGAUAGCUGUAGAAAGACAAAACGAAACGUAAAAAGAAACACCUUUUUCAGGUUUUGAAAGGAGGCUGCAUUGCUGUACCCACUUAAUUGGGAUAGAAUAGUCAGGUGCAAAAGAGGGCUUUUGCAUCUUCAAUAGUUGCGUAGAAAAGGAAAUGUCAGCAGCAGCAGCUUUCAAUCCCUCUGACGUCUUCUGCACAACUAUUAAAGGUUCAGGAGCCUUGUCCUCUUUUGUCCACGACUGGACCUAAUGGUCAGGGGUCCCUUUACCUUUACCUUUAACUUGGGAAUAAGUUCUACUGAACCCUGUUGGAUUUACUAAGGAACACCGAGAGGGAGAGAGGCACAAGCAGAUACAUGCCUUGGCAAAGCUCGGUUUUACCUGUUCUACCUUGAAUGACAGCUGGAAGUCAAGAGUGACCCUACAGAGCCAUCUGCUGAGGGAAACUGAUACUGCAACAAUGGCUUAACAAUGCAAAGCCCAAUGUUCUAGAUCCCUCCUCUUCCCUGGAAAAAAAGAUUUUCAUUCAUUCGUUUAAUUAUUUGUUUGUUUGCUCAAUCAUUUCUAGUGCUGAAGCGGGAAUGGCAGACCCUUCACUGCCUGUGGUGCAUACCUUUUCUUUCUUUUUUUGGUGCGCAGACACUGGUUCUAGUUUCGAAGCAAGCUUGUUUUCUCCUGCUCUGGAAGGUAAGACCCAAAUCAAUGGAUUCAAGUUACAAGAAAGGAGAUUCUGCCUAAACAUCAGGAAGGAACUGUUCAAUAGUGGAACAGGCUCCCUCAGAAAGCAGUGGGCUCUCCUUCAUUGCAGGUGGUGGUGUUUUCCCCCCAGAGAUUGGAUGGCUAUCUGCCAUGGAUGCUGUACUGUAGUUGAGAUUCCUGCAUUGCAGAGGGUUGGAAUAGAUGACCCUCAGGGUCCCUUCCAACUCUACAACCCUUUCGGUUGUUAUAACAGAACCAAAACAGUCUUACUAUAAAUUGGACUCAGACAAGUUUGUUGGGGGAAAGUCCGUAACUUAUAGGGAGUUGUUGUCUGGGUCUUAAUCUGUGUUCAGGCCUACUGGGGCUUUGCAUUUAAGACUGCUUUCAGUUUUUGGUUUUAGUCUUGGAGCAUGUGUUCUUAUUAAUUCUUUGCAUCUACAUGCCGCCCUUCUGCCUAGGCACUGAAGGCGCUUUACGAUUUUAAAGUAGUAAGGUGAAUGAAAUAAUGUGCAAGAGUGCUCUUCAGAGAAUGUAAAAAGGGGGGGGUAAAGUCCAGUCAAAGGUGACUAUGGGGUUGCGGCGCUCAUCUUGUUUCAGGCCGAAGAAGCCGGCGUUUGUCCACAAACAGCUUUCCAGGCCAGCAUGACUAAACCGCUUCUGGUGCAACGGGACACUGUGACGGAAGCCAGAGUGCAGGGAAACGCCAUUUACCUUCCCACCACAGCAGAACCUAUUUAUCUCGUGUGCUUUCAAACUGCUAGGUUGGGAGGAGCGGGACAGAGCAACCACUCCCUUGCGGGGAUUUGAACCGCUGACCUUCUGAUCGUCAAGCCCAAGAGGCUCAGUGACCACAGCACCACCCAUGUAUGUAUGGAGUUAAUUUCACUCUAAAGUAAUUUCACAGUAAAGCCUCCAGGGUACACAUGCAAAUCAGAGGUUGGCUCAUUAGGGCAGGGUGUUGGUGGUUACAAAAACGACAGUACAGUAAGCAUGCCUUUAUCACGAUCAGCAAAAAUGUCAAAAACCUGUGAGCAAGCUUUCUGAGCUGUCUAGAAUUCUUCAAACUAGAUGAUAAUGAAACAAGUGGGGUCACGGGAUAAAAAAAACAAAACGGAAUGAAGUCUGCAGCUUAUUAAAAUGAUCAAAUGCAAGAGUUGUGCACAGGAAUUUGGUUAGCCUUUGCAAAGCGCUAAACAAAUUUCAGGUUGCAGCAUAGAUUGCUGGGUCGAAGGAACAGUAAUGGCUACUCCUCUCAUUCAAAAAGUUUAACAGUUAUGGAGCGUUACUUCAAAGACGACCAGACCCAUAAUGUUUCCUCUCGCUCUAUAAUUAUUAUUAAGAAAAAAUUGUUAAGAUCUCCAGACCUUAACCUUAGGGAUUUCUUACUGAGAAGAUUGGACAGGUUUGCCUUAAAAGCUGCCCAGGAUCAGUCCUUCCCUGCAAUGUGCUAUUGUAGUGGGCUGCUGCAUGAGGUCUAGUAGGCUGAGGCAGAAACCCAGAUAAACUUGAAUACAGUUGGAGUUAUUUCUGAGUGAAUGUGUGUAAGAUUGUGUUUGUCACACAGGCCCAGCAAGACUGGUCAAUGUUGCCUAUGAGCUGAGUGUGUGUGCGCCUUACAACACUCUCCUGGAUCCAACACACAGCAAUUCUGCAGCAGGAAUGUUGAUGUAGAAAGGUGGUUGUUGUUGUUUUACAAAAAUAUAUAUUAAAAUGGGAAAACAUCUAAAAAUAGAAAGUUGGAAAACCACUGUGCUAUAUUGACCUGUAAACAGACAGCUGUGGGAUUCUAGUCUAGUCUGUUUCUGUACCAGGUUUUAAGCGAUCCUGAAUUUUAAGUAUUAACUUUUACUCACACUUGUAAUUCUUUUUAUUAUCUCCUCAUAUAAAAAUGGGAUGAAAAUAACACAGACAGCAGUAUUACAGUGCAAUCGUGUACAUGUCUACUCAGAAGUAAGCCUUGUUGAGUUCAACGGUAUUCGCCCUUAGGUAAGUGUUUAUAGGAUAAUACGGUAUCAACUGCAAAUUUAUAUGAGUGCAGUGUAUGCUGAAAAUAAACUUGGCUUAACUAAAUUAAGACAAACAAUGAAAGUACAUGACAGUUCUUUACAACCGUCCGUUUAUGAUCCAUAGAUCUCUGGCUUUGAUUUUAACAGCAUCCUCCCCGCCCCCUCUGUCUCCCAUUGUGCAGUUAAACCUGUUUGCAUAUGGAAUGUUAACUUUUAGCCUUUUCUCUUCCUAGUGUGUACUUUGUAGAGACACUUGUUCAGCCCCAGUACACAUUACUCACUAUUUGUUUAAGUAGGUGUGUUGUAUUCUUGCAUUAUAGCUUUUCCUGAGGUUGAUUAGAACUGCCUUUGCCUCUGGUUGGAGUGAUUCAGAUCCACCCUUUCACUGCUCUUUUAACCUCACUGAAUGGGCGGACAGGGCAGAUAAAAGGUGUACCAGAAGCUGCAGUGGCAACAUUUGGUCAACUGAAGCGAAGAUGGUACUUGUACACUGUCUCUCAAUUUGCUUUGUGAGAGACUUCCUGUAACCUUUGGAAGAACGCAUCAGGAGAGAAGGACUGCUUGUCAUCAUGAAGUUGAAACAACGGGUGGUGCUUCUGGCAAUCCUCCUUGUCAUCUUUAUUUUUGCCAAGGUUUUCCUCAUAGACAACCUGGACACUUCAGCAGCUAACCGUGAGGACCAGCGUGCCUUUCAUCGUAUGAUGGCAAGCCUGCGGGUGGAGCUGGACCCACGACUUGACCACACUCUGCAGUCUCCCUGGGAGAUUGCAGCCCAGUGGGUGGUGCCACGGGAAGUGUACCCAGAGGAGACGCCAGAACUGGGGGCAGUGAUGCAUGCUAUGGCUACAAAAAAGAUAAUCAAAGCAGACGUAGGCUAUAAGGGAACCCAGCUGAAGGCAUUGCUCAUACUGGAAGGUGGGCAGAAAGUGGUCUUCAAACCCAAGAGAUAUGCCAGAGACUAUGUGGUAGAAGGAGAGCCGUAUGCUGGGUAUGACAGACACAACGCAGAGGUGGCAGCCUUUCACCUAGACAGAAUCUUAGGUUUCCGACGAGCCCCUCUAGUGGUUGGUAGGUUUGUGAAUCUCCGCACAGAGAUCAAACCUGUUGCCACAGAACAGCUGCUAAGUACGUUCUUGACAUUAGGAAAUAAUACUUGCUUCUAUGGAAAGUGCUACUAUUGCCGGGAAACAGAACCAGCCUGUGCUGAAGGGGAUAUCAUGGAGGGGUCAGUCACGCUAUGGCUGCCGGACGUUUGGCCCCUUCAGAAGCAUCGACACCCAUGGGGCAGAACGUACAGGGAAGGCAAGCUGGCCAGGUGGGAAUAUGAUGAGAGCUACUGUGAUGCUGUAAAGAAGACCUCACCCUACGACUCAGGCCCACGGCUCCUUGAUAUCAUAGAUACAGCAAUCUUUGAUUACUUGAUUGGGAAUGCUGAUCGACACCAUUAUGAAAGCUUUCAGGAUGAUGAAGGGGCCAGUAUGCUAAUUCUACUUGACAAUGCCAAAAGCUUUGGGAACCCUGUCUUGGAUGAGAGAAGCAUUUUAGCACCUCUUUAUCAAUGCUGCAUUAUUCGAGUCUCCACAUGGAACAGACUGAACUACCUGAAGAAUGGGGUGCUGAAGUCUGCCUUAAAAACUGCCAUGUCACAUGAUCCUAUCUCACCAGUUCUGUCUGCCCCUCAUAUGGAUGCCCUGGACCAGCGACUCCUGAAUAUCUUGGCUACAGUAAAGCAAUGUACAGACCAGUUUGGACCAGACAUUGUACUGGUAGAAGAUAGGAUGACACUUUCCCAUUUGUAGCUUCACAAGGUGUUGGAGCAGAUUUUCUCUCUAUUUUUAAGAAAACAAGAAGAAAACAGCACAAUUGGUUUUGCAUGGCUGUGGGCAGGAUGGGCUGGAACUGAAAUGCCAGACUUCCUGAACUAAAGGAGAAAGCAGCGGCAUGAUGGUUUUGCUGAAGACAAGGAACUUGCCUUCAGGUAGCCCCAUAUCAUGUUUUGUAUGUCCAUUGCUGGCAGUGGAUGUUACACUGAGAGCACUCCUAGAUUUCUUAAAUAAGAAAUUGGAAGUAGGCAUUAAGACAGACUGAUUCCAGAGAAGAGCCACAGUCCCCUCACCUAAUCCAAAUAUGGUUUCAAGAUUAUAACCCAAUUCAUAGUUGUAAAGAAUAGGCUGCCUAUGCUUCCUUGCUGGCUACCUAAAAAGAGAUCAUGAAGACAAGAUCAGUUGUUGAAGGGGCAUCCCUUGUUGUUUCUCCUGACCCUCAUGCAUCUCACACAUUUUUGGCUGGAAUUUUCUCAAGAGCUCCAUGAAGGAUUGUGUUAUUGUUAGCAGCAUUAAGCAAAAUCCUUUAAUUCCAAAAUCCUAAGAAGAAAGACUAUUUUAGAUUGCUAAUUUAAAUCUAUACUUCAUCCACAAGGCUGAAAGGAUUCAGGACUGCAUGAUGCUGCAAAGACUCAACCAGCCAUGAAGGUCAAAGAUUAUGGUGCAAACCAUUGUUUUCUUGCCAGUAUUCUACUGCUAGGGAAUAAGCAUUGUGGUUUUUUAAAGGAGCAGAUGCAAUUGAACCAAAUAAUUAUUCUAAAAAGUAGGAAUGAUUGAGAUUCAUUAUGUUCUCUCUGUAUUGACACCCCUUCAUGAGACGAGACCAAUGGGGUUUGUUGCUAAAGUUUGCAGUUAAUUUAAAAGAUGGAUACCACCAGAGACUGAGCAAUGGAAUAUUUUCUGACUGGUGUGUCACUGCUUCUGUAAGUAGUUGCAGGUUCUGUGCCAGACAGUAUACUUAACAGUAUCCUGUCAUUUUUUUGGGCUGAGCAGAACUUAAAAGCAUUUCCAGUAGACCUUUUCCAAGUGGCAGAAAGCUGCUUCUUCUGAACUAUCUACUGGCUUUUUGACCAUUAGCCUGGAAUUGUACAGUGCUUCAGGAAAUUUUAGGUGACUUUUUGAAUGAUAAGCCCGAUUUUUCUGGAAAUGAUACCCAUCUACCAUAUUGGAGAGUAAUUUGUAGAAGUUUAUCCCAUGUGUCAGCUUUGACAUGUAGCAUCCUUAUGCAUUAAUCAACAGACUUUAUCAGAGACUUAAUCAGAUUAAACUUCCUGGAUUGGGUGCCUUGGAAGCCAUGUGAAACUAAUUUAAAGGCAAAGUCUGACUUUUUCAGUUAGCCUUUUUUUUUGGCAAAAGCUACAACUUCCUGCUUCCAGAGUAACAAAUGGCAGGGGGAUGCAUUUUCUUUCUUCUAAUUAGUCCCUGUCAGUAAGUGUCUGAAGGCAGUUGCCUAAACUACAACCUGGCCUAAAAAGCAAUGGCAAUCCCUAUCUGUUGCAAGCUAUCUACUUCAACAAAGAGAAGAUUGACAAAUACAAUGGUUUCUGUCAAGCUGGCUCAGCUAAUCAUCUUGAGUUUCUACAGGUGAUGUUGAUUUCCACCAUGAGGGUCACUGGCUACAAAAAUCUUUUUGAAACAUGGCAUGAAGGUGUGAUCAGGUCAGGUACUAAGGUUAAACUCCCUGGACACUUCCAGCAUCAGCUGUUGCAAUUAUGUUGUGUCCAGGGGAAAAAUGGAGUAGUACAAUUAGUGAAGGUAACCUCUUGCAGCUUGGGUGUCUCCAUAUUUAUCUUGACACAAGCAGCAGCAUACCAGUAUGAAAUUAAACAACUUUUCAAGCUGAUGAAGACUCAUUUCUGUGCAACCAGUAACAGAGACAGAAUUAGCUUUGAAGCACCAAAAUAUUUGAAGGAAGUACUACAGUCAUCUAUCUUUGCCUGAUUUGGCAAGUGGUGUAGAAGAAACCACACAUUUGUAUUUUGGAAUCUGAUGAACUGGAAAUGUCGCUUAAGUAAAAAAGAAAAAGAAACUAAUUUAUUAAGAAGUUAACUUAUUAUGUAGCAGCUGGAACAGAGUGCACACACCUCUUGGACCAGUCAGAAGGUUGCCUUUGGGAGUGGCUGCAAAUGGAAACUCUUGGAAGAAAAGAACUCAAUAUAAUCUUGAUUCUGUUAUGUGUUUUCCCAGGUUCAGACUGCAUAAAUAAGUAUUAUGUGAAUAAAUUUUUUAAUAAAA